AUGUUGUUCUCAAAAAUACGAUUCUACAACAUCAAAGAUCUGAUCAACCAAGUCAAGAGGCCGCGACGGCAGGAUCUUCCCCCCUCGCCCAGCGCUAGGUCCGCCCCUGCAUGUGGGAAGAAUUAUCAGCUCUGGAUCCAGUUCCGCAAAAACACUGUCCUUUGUGUUGGUCCAGUUUACUCUCUCGGAUUCUCUCGGACUCUCACGGACUCUCACAGACUCUCACAGACUCUCACGGCCUUUUACAGACUCUCACGGACUCCCACGGACUCCCACGGACUCCCACGGACUCUUACGGACUCCCACGGACUCUCUCGGACUCUCACGGACUCCCACGGACUCCCACAGACUCUUAUGGACGCUUGCAGACUCCCACGGACUCCCACGGACUCUCACGGACUCUCUCGGACUCUUACGGACUCUCACGGACUCUCACGGACUCCCACGGACUCUUAUGGACUCUUACAGACUCCCACGGACUCUCACGGACUCUCUCGGACUCUUACGGACUCCCACGGACUCCCACGGACUCCCACGGACUCUUAUGGACGCUUACAGACUCCCACGGACUCUCUCGGACUCUCUCGGACUCCCACGGACUCCCACGGACUCUUAUGGACGCUUACAGACUCCCACGGACUCUCUCGGACUCUCACGGACUCCCACGGACUCCCACGGACUAUCACGAACUCUCACAGACUCUCACAAACUCUCACAGACUCUCUCAGACUCUCACAGACUCUCAUGGACUCUCACAGACGGCCACAGACUCCCACAGAGCCUAACAGACACUCUCAGACUCUGCUCGGUCUUUCCUUGGUCUCUGCUCGGACAGGUCCCUGUUUGGGCAGAAGCAGAAGCGCUGAGGUCAUGGAACAGAUGCUGCAGUCCUGCUCCUGA